GACAUCACUUCCGCCUGUACUUCCUGGAGCCACAACCCUCAGACGUCGACUUCAAAACGCUUCCGUAAAAUAUUCCACUCCGGUGCGUACUGCUCCGUUUUCAGUGUACUAGCUAGUAUACGACGUUUUUGGAAAUAUUGUUCAACAUUUAUCUAAAUAGAAUGAAGGCCAAGGGAUUUGCAGUUACCCAUCACCUGUAAAGGUAAAGCGUUAGUUAGCAGGUUACGGACAACUAACCUAGUUAUUUUACUCGCCAUUUUGAUAAGAGCUACGACCCGAAAUUAUUUUAAUAGCAGGUUAGGAGGGCAGUUUUGCCAUCCCUAAUUAUUUUUCAUAACCGUAACCAAAUUGUCCUAACCUGCUACAUUGAUUCUCAUAACCCGUUGCGUAAUACUUUGUACUAAUCUGCUACGAAAAAGUAACUUCCGGUCGUAACUGUAUCGAAGUGGCGCGAAGAGUGUUUCUCAUGGUUAGAUAGCUACAUCUCCAAAUACGAUGUAGGCAUUUGGCUAGGUAAUUUAUAUAGUGGAAAUUACAUUAUCUGUCUAGUUCAUGUGGAGAGGAAUGUCAUCGGGGUGUUUUUGAUUACUUUGUCUUUGUAGAGACAUUGGUGCAAAAUGGAUGUUGACGUUAAACUAGAGGAAGAUGAGAGGGAGAUAUCCCAUACAGGAAUUUGGUCUGAUUCGAUUAAUGCCUGGAUAGAUUACCCAAAUUCAACAUUGUCAGAAAACACAGAAACAGGUUACCAUGUGGGUUUACUGAAAGAGCAUACACAUGUACCUCCCAUCAGUCCCCAAACAACAAGCCACGGGCAGAUUUUACGUCUUUUUCCUGAAAUGACCGGAGCAAGUGAUGGGGAGAACAGGGCUGUCAAACUGGUUUAUUUCUGUAAAGAUCAAGAUACCAUCGGCACAUCUGAAGGGAAUUCAAUCAAGGAACAGUCAUGGCAUUUAGCACCGUCCAGUGAUAUUCUGACAGGACAUGCAUCCACUUUCAGUGGUUAUUUUGAAGCUCAAAUCAACCCAACUUCACAGGUUUCUAGGCAAACACAGACCAAUAAUAAAUUGCCCUCUGACAAUGUUAAUAUCCCAAGCUCUAGUACUGCCAUUCAUUCUGUGCUAACCUCACCUGCUACAGAAAACGACUGUCAUUUAGCUGUAUCUACUAGACCUAUUCUUCCAGAAUAUUGUGAGCCAUUGAACUUUCCCUCUGAUGAAGAGGAAGACUACAAAGCCAAUUUAAGUCAAAGACUACAAUGCCGGAAAACGUUAGAGGAUAAAUGGAUACGUCAGUGUCGUGGCAGUUACUCAAGACCCAACCUAAGAAAGUUUGGGAGAUAUUGGAAAGAUCCAUACGUCAAGUGCAAGGAGAUCGGUGUAGAUUUCAAUGUUGGAUCUGGAGCGAAACAGAAACUGAAUUUGCAUUUACUGACAGUUGGUGUAAUGCUUGAGGUGUCAGAAUAUGCUAGAAUCAUUAAUAGAUCUCGCCCUCAUGUUAUCUUUGAUAUUCUAGAUUACAACUUUGUUCUUGGUGUACAAAAUGAACAACAAUAUGACUUUUCAUUCAGGGUAGAAAAGAAAUUAAAAGAAAUGCUGAAGAUGCAUUCUAAGAGAACACCUGAGUGGUUAACAGAAGUCUUUGACCUUCCUGAUCCAAAGACAGUUACAGUUUUGAAAUACUCCUUUAAAUGGGCACAGUUGUAUUUGCAAAACAGCUUGUCAAAUCCUACACCUUUUGACGUUUGCAUAAAGGAGGAGCCUGUUGUGGGCCUGAUCUCUCCUCUGCAUGUGACGACUGAGAGCUUCUCCACUGAGACAGAUGUGACACGGUGUGCUGAUGAGACGGCAAUCCUUGGCCCUGAAAAUGGACGUAAUGAUACCUGCACAAGGUAUGAGCCUUAUAUGGGCAUCGUCCGUCCUCAACAUGUCCAGACGGAAACCUUCCCAACUCAGACAGAUAUAACAUCCUUCAUGAUGCCCACUGUAGAAGAAGCAUUGAGGGAACUCUACCCAAUCUGUAAGGGAAAAGGACUUGACCUUGUUGUGAAAUCAAAAUAUGGGAAAAAUAAGAAACUUGACUUGCAUCUAUUGACCAGAGAUGUAAUGUUUGAAUUGGCUGAUUUUGCCUCACAAGUGUGUGGAAAUCGGAAGCAGGUUGUGUGUGAGGUUCUCGAGCGUAAUUUUGAUUUGGAUUUAAAAAGUGGGAAAACUGAGCUGGCCAAAGAUAUUAUGAGAAAGUUAAGAGCAGUUUUACAGCGCAAGAUGGGUAAAAAAGGUACAUGGAGAUUGGGACUUGAAAAUGAAGCUUUCUUAAAGAAGUCACUCAAACGAAAGAACCCUGCGGAGAUGUCCACUAGCCAGAAGGUCACUACAGCAUCACUUGAGCCAAAAUACCAAAUGAAAGAAGUAUCAAAAAGGAGGAGAUUGAAUUUAAUGAGCAAGAAGAAAGACAUGGACAUGUUAGUAACCAAGGAGACCGAGGGAGGCCAUUUCUCUGAAGUAGUACAAAUAGAACCUCGUCUUGUCAAAAUAGAGAGAAUCUCUGAUGAGACUGACCUUGCACUUUGUACUGACGAAACAAAGCAAAUUGUCGUUACCAACUUGGACCAAUCAAAUGUGACGUCUCACACCAAAAAUAUGGUGAAAGCCAAAGCGUGCUACCCACUCUGUGAGGAAAUAGGUCUGGACCUUGAUGUCACAUCCAAACCAUCUAAACAGAAACUGGAAUUUAAUUUACUGACAAACGGUGUAAUAUUUGAGGUGCAUAAAUAUGCAGGGAUAAAAUCCUAUCGUCAAAAAAGAAGUGGGUGCAUUCUCAUUGAUAUUCUAAAAUACAAUUUUGAUCUUAGUUUGCAAAAUCAGAGACUAUUUCCACUGCAUAUUUGCUGUAAAGUGAAACGAUUGGUUCAGAAACACAAAUCUGAGCUCGUGAGAAAAAGAGAAAUCUCAAAAGAGGUGUUCACAAUACCGAGUGUGCUUAAAAGCCAAGCAAAAACAAAUGUGCUUUCAGAUUAUUUUCCUGAAACAAAUAUGGAAAAAAACGCAAGGCUGGUUUAUCCUCAUCAUGGUAAAGACACUAUCUCUGUGGAGACAGCUGAAACAGUCUCCACUGAUGAAGCAGCGAUGCUUGACCGGGAUAAUGGACCUGCUGAGAUCUGCAUAAAGGAGGAGGAGGAGGAGGAGUCAGAUCUUCACUCUGAGGUCAAACUGGUUUAUUUCUGCAAAGACCAAGAUACCGUCAGAACAUCUGAAGAGCAUUUGAUCGAAGAUGGAUCAUGGCAUGAAUCAACACCCAGUAAUAUCCUGCCUGGAAAUGUGUUCAGCCUUCCACAGGCACCACUACCAGCUGCAGAAAGUGGUCCUUUCGGAAGUAAAACCGAGCCAACUUCACAGAUAUAACCAGAUGGUCCAAUGCAGAAUCACUCGAGACAAAAUACCAUAGACUUGACAGAAGUAACCAGGGGAAAAAAGGGAUUUAAUGAGGAUAAAUACAUGUUUAUAGCCUAUACAGGAAAAGAAAGUUGUCAGACAAGUAGAACCUCAUUGAGAUGAGAUGGAUCUGCCAGGGAAAAGAAAAGCAAUUCCUUUACUUCCUGACUGAGAUCUCAGGGGGGGGGGGGAGAUACAAGAUGGAAAGAAAAGUCUGAUCUGCUCGCUGUGAAACGCCAGUUUCUCAUUUGCCUGAAAAAAAAAAUGAGAAAAAGAUUGAUAUUGUUAUAUGUGAUGAAGUGCAGCACGAGGUGGAUUCUUACCGACGUUUCAGAAUGCUUUGUAGUCGAGACUGGUUCUGAGAAGAAAUGCUAACAAAUCCUUGCUGGAUACAGAUCAGGGGGCUAUUGAAAAUCUGCAAAAGGCUAAGUCAUAAAGUCCCUCAGUUCAAGAAGACGACUCGUACCUGGGAAUGGCUCUGGACUAAUUACAAAAAAACUGUUUAAAAUCACUGCAGAAAGCAGAGACAACAAGAGUUUUGCCAAAAGGAAGAAGGGCUGUUGAUCACUUGUGUGGUAGAGAGAAACACCCAGAAUCAGUCUGGACAGGAUGGAGCUUCAGUCUGGACAGGAUGGAGUUUUAGUCUGGACAGGAUGGAGCUUCAGUCUGGACAGGAUGGAGCUUCAGUCUGGACAGGAUGGAGCUUCAGUCUGGACAGGAUGGAGCUUCAGUCUGGACAGGAUGGAGCCUAACUGUGGAAAAACAGAAACUGACUGAUACACACAUUACAAUGACAAAUCAAUGACCAGAUUGUCAACCAGCUCCAGCUACUCAGCAUCACUCUAAAUUUGUGCUGGUUGGCUUCUGUCUCAGCUGAAGGGAGGACAUUGUGUUUUAAAGUCUUUUCUUUCUGUCCUGAAGUAGGCCUACCUGCUUAAUACACACAGACUUUCAUAUAGGUAAAGCAAAGUCAUGCUAUGACUUAACUCUACCUUCAUAUAUUGGGCUGCCUUUAUCACAAUAGUUUCACAGUUUAAAAACGUGUGUUUUCAAAUGACUGUAUGCUACAUUGAUCUUUGGAUCACACUUGGAAUGUGAAAGGUUUCCUAGUGUCAGUUUUAGGUCUCCCUGAAGUCCGUAGACUUCCACUCUAUUAGUCACCCUAGAACACAGUCAACGAGCCUAACGGAGAUGUGUAUUCAUUAGGUAUAUACUGUAGCUAAAUGUUUAAUGGAGGGCUAGGCUAGCGUUUCUUGGACCAAUUCAGAAAUUGGUACACAAGAAGGAGUAGCACUAGUCUUUUUAGGAUUAGGUGAAAAUAGGGAGACAAUGUAUUUGUAUUAAGGGUUUAGUCUUUGAAUGGUGGAUUUGUGCAGAUUCCCUUGGCCUUCCUUCCUGUUUAACUCUUGAUGUCUGGUCUUGCUGUAGAGACUGAACACAGCAGGAUUAUUGCUAGACUUUUUUUUUGUUUUCUUAACUAUUUUACGACGUAUUCAUUGACGAAACGAACUCCACUACAAAUACAAGCCUCUAUAGAAGAACCUCUGAUCCUUUUUUAGUUAGAAAUAAAAAGACAAAGAUGUUUUAUUUUCUAAGAGUAUGUAGUAGUAGCAUUAGUGAAAUAACCUACUAUGAUGGAUCAUAUUUUUUUGUUUUUAUCAGUGGGCUAUUUUGUUUUUUUUGUUCCUUUUUUUGUGGAAAGAUUUAGAGACUGUAUCCAGACCUGCCUUACUGUUACCAAUAUGUUCCUUUUUUUGUGGAAAGAUUUAGAGACUGUAUCCAGACCUGUCUUACUCUUACCAAUAUGUUCCUUUUUUUGUGGAAAGAUUUAGAGACUGUAUCCAGACCUGCCUUACUCUUACCAAUAUGUUCCUUUUUUUGUGGAAAGAUUUAGAGACUGCAUCCAGACCUGCCUUACUGUUACCCACAUGUUCCUUUUUUUGUGGAAAGAUUUAGAGACUGUAUCCAGACCUGUCUUACUGUUACCAAUAUGUUCCUUUUUUUGUGGAAAGAUUUAGAGACUGUAUCCAGACCUGCCUUACUCUUACCAAUAUGUUCCUUUUUUUGUGGAAAGAUUUAGAGACUGUAUCCAGACCUGUCUUACUCUUACCAAUAUGUUCCUUUUUUGAACAGGGAGUUAUUCUACCGUAAACUAAGAUUAUUUUUAUGUAUUUAUUUUUAUUUUUUAAAGGAUACUUCCUCUGACAUUCUUAGAGCUGUCAUUUUAUUGUGAGGAACUGCAGUUCGAUCGGAAUAGUUGUUCUGUUUUUGUCCUCUGUUUUGUGAGUGACCCUCUCACUCAGUCAACUCGUCUCAGUGCACAAGUCUCCCCUUCUCCAGACACCGCGUAUGAAUCAGAAUCCGUAGCUAGUUGUGACACGUGAGCCUCUGGAUGAAAAGCAGAGUAUCCCUAAAGCAGUGUGGUCGUAUCAGCCCCCCCAUGUUGGACUAAACUCUACACAAGUGAAAACCCCAAAUCCCUAAAGAUCCUCUAUUUGCCAAACUAGAGGGACAUGAAGUCUGACUCCUUCCUCAACAUGUGGACCUGCCCUGAGGAUGUUGGACACCACUGUUACACCUUCAGCCUUGUUGAUUUCCUGUCAGACUGGUUGUUUUUCAACUCCAUUCCAUGGACGGACUGACCUGAACUUUUACCAGAACAGGAACACAAUGUUCAACAGACUCUACUCAGACUGGUCGUCUUUGAACUCAAGAGGAACACAAUGUUCAUCAGACUCUCUCCUCACCAGUGGACUAACUACUGAGACUGGUUGUGAGGUCACAGGAAAUAGAGUGAUCUGUUAGGAGGGAUGCAGGUUUGUUCUCCUGAUUUAGAUGAUGGUUAUAAGGAGAGUUGAGGUCGUAACCAGUCCACUGAGAUGAAUGUAGAUGUCGACACCCUGGCCAAUAUAAAAGGCUUUGGAGAGGGACCACGCUUUCAGGAGAAGGAUAACUGACAUUUACUCCUGAGGUGUCUGACUUGUUGCACCCUCGACAACCACUGUGAUUAUUAUUAUUUGACCC